AUGAUGGAGAGUUUGAGGCGAUGCCAUCACAUCCUGCUGUUGGUCUGCUUCUGUGUCUGCUUCCUCACAGGUUUGAGUGCAGACAAAGUCGAAUGGAAACAGGUCGGGGAGCACGUUGAAAUAGCAUGUUCCACUCGUCUACAAAAUCAAGGUGGGAUGUACCUUUAUCACACCUAUCACAAAACCCGGGAGGUGUUCUAUCUCAAUCCAGGGAUGAAGUGCACUCCCAGGUUACCCUUUGAUAAAAGGAUAAGGGUUACGGGCUCAUUCACCAACGUGCACGCCACAGUAAGCAACCUCACUGUUAAUGACACUGGAGUUUUCUGGUGCCGGUACUUGAGAUUUGAUGGAGCAAAAGAAUCUCGAUCUGAAAGCAACAACAACCCAACAUUGCUGGUAGUUAAUGGGCUGGAGAAGGAGUGUCCCACUACUGCACCAGUGACUGAGGCCAGUGAGGAGCCCAUCCAGAUGUCCACACUGCUGGUGGUGUCGGCCAUCACGGCCUGCUCCCUGUUUCUGCUCGUCCUCAUCAUCCUGCUCAUCUGUGUGAGGAGGUGCUGUGGGGAGAAUGGAAAGUUCAAGCCUCGUCCGCCGCCUGGUGUUGGACUCCCAGCUCAUCGCUCUGACUCUGUUUAUGAGCAGAUGAGACCACAGAGGGCCACGUCUAUGUCUCACUCCUCUGGCCAGGUACUGCUCAACCCUGCCUACAUGCCCUCCCCACGCUUCGCCUAGUCUACCACCUACAGUACACUCAGGAAACAGCACCACUGGUAUUCCAACUACUUUGAUUUGACAAGUUUUACCUUGAUUUGGUAUCAGAGGUGUUUUAUACUUUAUCAAUGUAUAAAAGAUACAAACAAUGCAAAUAGUCUAUCGGUUUCUAAAAACGGAAACAACUUUAGUAAGAACUGAAUAUCCCCAUUAUUAUGUUUCGUUAAGAUUUGUAUCAUAUUAUUGUUAAUGUAAAUGUCUAUUUGCUACUCUGUCAAGCAGCAUUUCAUUUGUCAGACUCAGACUCCUUGUGAUCUGAAUAUUGAAGAUUUGAUGUAUAUAAUGAUGGAUGUACAUGAUAUUGAAUGUUUUUUGGUCAAAUAAAUGUAAAUAUUGAUUGGC